AUCAGUCGGGUACAUUCUUUUUGCGUCACGUUGUGUGCGGCGUGGCCUGAUGACGUGUCACAACGCUGGACAACAUGGCGAAGAAACAACGUGGGAAAGCCAGCUCGUCGUCAAAGACGGUGGACAUCGAAAAGCCCGCAGAGAGUUUCACCUUGUCGCUGGAGUCUAGCGACGAUGAAGCUCCAGAGGAGGUGACCUUUGAAGACUCCAAAGCUGAGGCUCUGCGGAGCAUGAAACAGGCGCUGGAUACCGCUAGAAGGGAAAAGCAGCUGCUAAAAGAGAGGAGGAGGAAGAGACAGGAGCUCUUCCAAGAACAGAAGAAAAGAAAACUCUUAUCGGCUGACGUGUUGGAGCAAAUCGACUCGGCUUCCUCAAAGAAGCAGAAACUGUCUGAAGAUGAAGGUGAACAGGAGGAAAAGCCAGAAAAAGAGGAGGGAGAUGGAAAGAAGAAGAAGAAAAAGAAAAGGAGUGGGAAAUUGGCAAAUGCCCGGAAUCUGAAGGGGAAGUACACAGUGACGACGGUGAAGGAGCGAACGCUGGCGUCCUUCCAACAGCAGGUGGCCGAGGAGUUCAUCCGGUCCAGACUGUACGGACCAGGAACCUGCAGGACCACAAAUAAUGAGAUGCUGUCCCUCCAGAACAAGAAGGGGUGGAAUAAAAGUGCGGCAGUGCAGUUUGUCAAGAAAGACUGGGCCUCUAAGGAGAAAGCCAAAGCAGAGAAGCUGAAGAAGAGGUGGCUCCACAAACAGCAGCUUCCCUCCUGUUGAUGGGACGUAAGCAAGCAGCCUGUGAGCACACUUCUCCCCACCGCUGUUUAAAAGGACUCAAAACAGUCAGCAUCACUGAGGAGGGGGUGGCAGCACUGUUGAAGCUUCAGGAUGGGACAGUAUACAGACUCUGAACUUGUCACAGAGACUCAAAAGACUGAGAUCCUACCAAACUAAAGUCCUUCAACAGGUUCUUCAUCACGGCUUUACCAAGAAGCAAAGGUUUUAUUACUGCGUCUCGAAGUUUGUAAGGCUUUAAUGUGAAGUUCUUGUGUUUCGUGUUUUUCUGCAGUCACUUGUGUUAAAGGUGUUUUCAAACCUGAAAGGCCAAAAAUCAGAUGUUUGCUCUUUUUUCUGUAAAAAUUCUGUAUGAAUAAAUGCUGAUUGUUUUCUAUUUCAUAUUUUUGAGAUAAAAACCCUGAUGCUUUCAUCAGGUGUUCGUUUGCAUUCAAAAACAAAAAUGCAAACGAUGACGUGGUUGAGUAUCAGCACAGCGUCUUUGGUAAUUAAACUUACUUCAGACAUAGGAUUAUUUGAGUGCUAUUUUCUCUUGAGUUGAAAAAUGAAAUGACAAUAUUUAGAAGACAAAAAUAAAAGUUGAACUAUAGUGCCAAUCUGUGGACAUUUUACUGUGACUAUGCACGUUUAUGGGUAGUUUAUCAUGAAAUAUGUACAUACACAGCUUUUGUUAUAUUUUUUACUAUUUUCAGUCCAAAACACUGAAUCCUUCUCAGAUACAAAGGCUUGAAAAGUUGGGAUCUGUCAUUAAAGCUCUCGUAGUAUCACAUCCUGUCAGAGCACUUUGCUCUCAGACUGAAGGCUGACUUGUGGUUUUUAAAGGUAGAAUGAGAUGAAGUAUCUUGUUCCUGUAGAACCAGCUCCCAGUUUGGGAGAGCAAAGCCCUAUUUUAAGAUUAGCCUUCAAAGUGUCAGGCAACCCUGCACCUUCCAUGCUGCUGGGGGACUUUUCAUGAUGCACUGAGCAGUCUCCACUCACCUGUAUUCACUAUGCCUUUAUCUUCUCUCCCUCUUAAAUAUGUUUUUUCCUCUCUAUGCCUUCAAUUUCCUCCUCACCUCCCCUACCAGUGGGCUGGUAGAUAGCUGGCCCUCCCCAAGUCUGAUCAAAGGUGGUUCUUCCUUCCCGCAGUCGCCAGUUCUACUAAUAUGGUAUAGGCUGGUCAUUGGGCUUCAUUCACAGAAUUUUGUUUCAGUUAUUGUAAAAGUGCAAGAAACCCCAGAGUUAAAGAAGAAUCUUUGAACAUGUCAUUUUGAAUUAAACUAAACUCGAUUUAAA